UUUCUCCGGGAACCGCAGUUACGCUUUUCUCCUGGACCUCUUCACUACCAUGAACCGCUCCACGCUCCAGUCCCUUCGCGAGGGGAUGAAGGCCGUCACGGAGGCGUCGGGUUUUGAUCGAGUGCUAAACAAGAUGACAGUUCUUUCUGCUGACUCUGGAAAAGUAGUCUGUGAAAUUGAGGUAGCAGAAGAGCACACAAACUGGGGAGAAAACAUGCAUGGAGGGUUGACGGCAACACUCAUUGAUGUUGUGUCGACAGCUGCUUUGCUGCACAGUGAACGAGGAGCACCUGGAGUCAGUGUGGACAUGAAUAUUACCUAUGUGUCGCCAGCCAAGAUUGGAGAUAAAAUCCUGAUCACUGCUGAGAUCCUGAAGCAAGGAAGAACUCUGGCCUUUACAACUGUGGAUUUAACAAACAAAGCAACUGGAAGAUUGAUAGCCCAAGGAAGGCAUACCAAAUAUCUAGGAUCCUGAUUGGACAAAGGGAGUGUCCAAUUAAAAGCUUGUAGUUUUGAUCCAGCAACACUGGGAAAAAUAGAUAAAUCACAGCAAGGUAUUUGCUAGAGGUGUAGGAAACAGAAGGAGACAUUCCUCCGUAUUUGGUGGACCUGUGAGACCAUACAGGCAUUUUGGGAUAAGGAAACUUAAGGAGACAAAUAAAAUGUUACAUAAUAAGAUUAAAAAGCACAGGGUUGUGUCUGUAGGUUUACAUAGAGAAAAUAAUAAUCAAAAGGGCCAAGAAAUAGAUCAAUAUAGCUUUGGCAUGGCAAGAUUAACCAUGGCCAAAGACCGGAAUGGGGAAAAAGGUUUAACUAAAAAAGAUUGGAGGGAAAGAAUGCGGGAAUAUAUGCUAAUGGCCAAACUAACCAAUAAUAGGAACAAAAGUAAUGAGGACUUUCUGGAAAAGUGGAAGUUAGCUGUGACAUAUCUGAGCGGAGAGUCAGUGACAUAGAAGAGUGCCAUUAGGAAUUUAGGAUUAGGCUAUGGACAAGGGUAGAUAAAUUGGCUUGUAGCCGCCCUGAGUCCCCUUGGGUGAGAAGGGCGGGGUAUAAAUAAUUGAAAUAAAAUAAAGGCUUCAUAGUGCUUCAGUAUCGGAAGUCAUGGUGAAGGGUGCAUGGGUCUGGGGAAGAGGUUUUAUUUUGUGUGGGAUUGGGGUUUUGGGUGCCCGUAUGGUCUGUAAUACAUGUGGUGUUUGAAUGUUAUAGUGAACUGUUAUAUUAAUAAAAAUUAAAUAUGUGGAAAAAGA